GAGGGGCGGUCCCAGGGUCCCCACUCCGGGGCCGAGGGAGCAGGGUGGGGGCCUGGGGAGGAUUCUGGGGACCGGUUUCUUAGAAGGGAAGAUGACUUUUCACUGUAACUGGGGCUCGUGCAGGAAGCCCGAGGGAGCAGCAGGCGGAAACGUGCCCACAUCAAGGGCGGCAGGACCGGGCGGAGGGGUACAGGGGCGAGCAGAGCAGGGGCUGCAGGGUGCGAGGCCUGCCCUUCUGUCCCUCCCCAGACCCUGCCACAGGCAUGAGGGGUCUCCGGCCGAGAUGACAGUGCUGGUGCCAGCCUGGAGCCCAAAUUCGUCCCUGCUGCUGCUGCUGCUGCUGCUGAGCCCUUGCCUGCGGGGGACGCCUGACUGCUACUUCAGCCACAAUCCUAUCUCCUCCAACUUCAACCUGAGGAUCAAGAAGCUGACUGACUACCUGCUUAAAGAUUACCCCGUCACGGUGGCCAUCAACCUUCAGGACGAGAAACACUGCAAGGCUUUGUGGAGCCUCUUCCUGGCCCAGCGCUGGAUGGAGCAGUUGAAGACUGUGGCAGGGACCGAGAUGCAGGGGCUCCUGGAGGCUGUCAACACGGAGAUACAUUUCGUCAGGUCGUGUGCCUUCCAGCCUCUCCCAGAAUGUCUUCGCUUCGUCCAGACCAACAUCUCCCACCUCCUGCAGGACACCUGCUCGCAGCUGUUGGUUCUGAAACCCUGUAUGGGGAAGGCCUGCCAGAAUUUCUCUCGGUGCCUGGAGGUGCAAUGUCAGCCAGACUCGUCUACCCUGCUGCCCCCGAGGAGUCCUGUCGCCCUAGAAGGCACCGAGCUUCCAGAGCCUCCGUCCAGCCAGCUCUUGCUGCUGCUGCUGCUGCUGCCUCUCACGCUUGUGCUCCUGGCCGCUGCCUGGGGCCUUCGCUGGCAAAGGGCACGAAGGAGGACGGCACUCCGCCCUGGGAGGAGACUGAGGCCAAGCGGGAGUCACGUGGCAGACGUUGCACAGCCUGGACACGGGGAAAGUUGGGUGGAGGCUGGCCCCCCUCUUGGACCUCGCUGCCCCUCCAGCUCUCUCCAGAGGACGAAGUCAACAUCAGAAACCAGCAAAAGCCGUACUCACCCCACUCUGUACAAAGUCUUUGCCCCCAUGAACUUGGAUAUAAAUGGUUUUUACCAGCUCUUCCGGACCUAUCUGUGGACGGGACAGGGAGUGAGUGGGUGGGCUGUUUGAGGUUUCAGGAUCUUGGUUUUGCAGUGCUUGGUGAUGUAAUCCCAGCUCUCCAGAAGCUGAGGCAGGACCUCAAGUUUUAAGGCCAGCCUGGAUUGCAGAAGUCUUAUGUCAAAAGCCAAAACCAGCGACAAAAGGUGCUGUUUGUUUUCUGAGGCCUCCAUUGGCCCAGAAUCAGCACUGAGUAAUGAAUGCUCCCUGGAGCCCUGAUGGGAGGCAGGAGCAGCCCAAAUUCCCCAAGGCCACGGCCGCAAAGUGUCGGAGCUUCCAGGAGGCAUGGACUCAGGCUGGGGUGUUUGGGGAGGUUCUCUAGAGUUGCUCACGGAGACUGCCCAGGUGACUCGUCUGGCGUGUUUGUUUCCUGGGGGAGGCGGGUACCCCACCUAACACGCACAGCUGAUGCAAAGGCCUCUGGACACACGGCAGGUGGGCGUGCCCGAACCUGGAAG